CACACAUAAAUAAAACUUUUUUAGUCUAUGCUACACUCACUCAUACGACGACGACGUGGAUAUUGGAAUCGGAAAAGCCUCUGUGUCUCACUCCGUCCGUCAGUUCAGUACAGUGCUUCAAUGACGUUACUGACAUUCGUAAUUAUAAGUUAAAAUAAACGUCCAUUUUAUUAUAUUGUGAGAAAAUGGAUCGCUUGCGAGUGCGUGUGAACUUUAAAUAUAUAAGUAGUGUGUUCCUGUUGGUGUUAGGCGCUAGCCAGUUGACCGCAGCAUGGGAGUUAGAGUACGCGCUGGACGGCAGCCACGCGCGGAGCUUGGGGCUGGACGUGGUGACGCUGGCGGAGGGCCGAAGCCGCGCGCGCCGCGACGUGGUCACGCCGCCGCCGGCGCUGCUCGGCCUGACCUUCGUCAACGCCACCGCCGUGCCCGGAUUUGCCGCCACCACGCCGAUGCCCUCUAACGUCACGUCCAACGACACGCCCGGAUCCAACAAGACUGCCGCCGUCACUGAACGUAAGUCAUCAUUAUUUACACUACAAAUUAUAAAUGCGAAAUAUGUCCAUGUGUUUGUGUAUGUUUAUAUUGAUUUCUUUCCCAAAAGGAUGGGUUUUUGAAGUGAAAACUUCUCUAGCGGCGCUGAGCAUUUUUUUUAACUAACUCGCGUCGGUGUCACGUGAUGCUGAUCGAAAAAGCGUAAGAUGAAAACUUAUUUAGAGCAAUACUGCUUCGAUUGCAAUAUAAAUAAAUUCUGGAUUAUACAACAUAAAUGAUAGACCUUUUAUAAUGAUGAUAAAAACAAUUCCAAAAUAUAAAAAAUACACAAUGAUUAACGUUAAUUUUGAAGUUUUCACUUCUGCCGGCAAUCCCGGAGUGCAACCCGUGGUUUGUUUUUAUGAAUUUGGUAAAGCUCGUACUUGUUUCUUUUGUACCCGACAAAGCCACGAGCCAAAGCGAGUUUAUUAAAAUCUUUUUGUUGACUCCGUUUGCCGUUUUACAGACAAACAUAUAUAUAACUUAAUUAAAACCCUUUUCGAUAACCGAUUGAAAAUAUUAUUUUGCAUAUAAAUUUGGUGACCACUAACGAAACGUAAUUCGUUACGUACCUGUACCUAUAUAUUUUAUGACAGGACCAGAUCUCGAUGCGCAAUUAAAUUUCUACCUUAGUUCUUCUUUCGAAGAGUUCAUUUCUCUAGACUGAGUUAGUAUUUAAAGUUAAAGUUUCAAUUAGACCAGUAUAUGGCACUUUUGAACGUCAAACGAUUUAUAUAUGAACAAUAUUAAAAACUAGUGUCAGUCUGUCGGUCAGUCUCCUAUUGAAGCUACCGCUCGUUUAAGCAUCCUUUACGCGUUGCUCAGGCAGUAGUUCCGAAUAUCAUAGUAUCGAUCGGCUGGUCCCCAGUAACGCGUGUUGCAGGACGUACACCCACCGCCGUCCGUGCAAUGCUUGACACCCCACAAUUACUGUCAUUAAUAUUACAACCUAAUCUAUACUAAUAUAUCAAGCUGGAGUUUGUUUGUUUUUUUUUUAACGCGCUAA